AUGGGCUCCUACCUCUCCAUCGUCAACAACACCGAAGACCCCUGGACCUGCAAGAUCGGACCCGAUGAGGCCGCGCUCAAGAUCGCCGGCAUCGUCAUCUCCGUCGUCGGAGCUGCAGCGACCGUCAUCGGAACGGCCGGAGCUGCUGCGCCCGUCGCGUCAGCCCUCGCCGCCAAUGGAAUAGUAUCCGUCUUUGGGGUAUCUACAAGUGCCUUUGCAACAGCAGCAGCCGCGGCUGCCGGCACUGUCGGCACCGUGGCCUCCGUCACUGGUGCCGUCUCCGGCUUCGGCAUCGCCGUCGCUCAAGGUAUCAACGACAACCUCAUCAACGACGGCUACGUCAGCAUCGCACCUGGCAGCGAGCACAAGUGGGGCAAGAUGAGCCUUUCGCUCUGGCAGCAGGGAACCUGCGUGCGCACCACCAUCGUGGACGAGCACACUGUGACCACGGACACGUUAUACAUGCGUCCAAUCUUCAGCGGCGCCACCGACAACUCGAACAUUGGCCACGAGAUCCAGUUCUGGAUCGAUAAGUUCGGGCUGGAGUCGAAUACCGUGACGGGAACAACGGACCAGCAGUCGAAGCACCGCCGCCACCAUCACCACCACAAGGGAGGCGAGGAGGAAGAUGGACAGACCGUCUACUUCUACGUCAAUGGAACGAACACGUACGACCCCAACUUCACGAACUAG